UGCAGCGAUUGAAGAAAGAGAAACAAAACAGAGAGAAGGGCCAUUUUCAACUGCAGCAUUUGGCCAAAUUAUUGGUUUAUAUUUCGUCUAAAACAUAUUUUCUCAAUACGGCAUUAAAAAUCAAUGGAAUUGCUUUCGUAAUAUAAAUUUAACCUCUGCACUAUAAUGGACCAGUGGACAGAACAUAAUAUGAAGAGAUUACAGAUUUCAGGGCGCGACACUUUGCAGUCAUCGCAACCGAAACAGGUACAACAACAAGCAUGCUCAUCAAUAAUGGAUUUGCCUGAUUUUGGCGAUUGUGGCGAUGACCAAAAAUACGUAAUUUAUAAACAUGAUGAUCUGUUCGGUGAAAGUUUUCCUUUAAUGCGUGAAAUACGACGCCAAGGCAAACUUUGUGAUGUUACGUUGAAGGUGGAAGAUCAAUCGUUUUCGGCGCAUCGUAUUGUGUUAGCUGGUACUAUACCGUAUUUUUAUGCCAUGUUUACAAAUAAUAUGGCUGAGAGCCGGAUCAAAGAGAUUACAAUGAAAGAAAUCGAGCCCUCUGCGCUCGAAAGCCUCAUUAAUUAUGCCUACAGUGGUCAAGUGCGUAUAGAUAAUCAGAAUGUGCAAAGUCUAAUGGUGGGUGCAUCAUUUCUGCAGUUGACUAAAGUGCGCAAUGCAUGUGCUGACUUCUUGAUUUCUCGUUUUCACCCCCACAAUGUGUUAGGCAUACGCCAUUUCGCUGAUUCGAUGGGUUGUACGCAUCUCAUAGAGGCCGCUGAUAAGUAUAUCGAUCAGAACUUUGCAAAAGUGGUGCAAUCAGACGAAUUCUUGGGCUUGGAAUUCGAUGAGCUCAUCGAUUUAAUUAGACGCGAUGAAUUAAAUGUGCCAACAGAAGAAGUGAUUUUUGAGGCUUGUAUGAAAUGGGUAAAGCAUAUGGAAGAUAAGCGUUCAACAUUGUUUCCGCAAGUAUUAUCUAAAGUGCGUCUCCCACUGCUUUCGCCUCAAUUUCUGGCCGAUCGAGUGGCGCGCGAAGAACUGAUACGCUCCUCACAUCAAUGUAGAGAUCUGCUGGAUGAAGCGAAAGAUUUUCAUCUAAUGCCAGAAAGACGGGGUCUGCUCCAAAGUUUCAGAACGCGGCAACGGUGUGGGGAAUUUAUAAUGGGUCAAAUUUAUGCAGUUGGAGGGCUAGCAAGUAAUGGGGAAUCUGUAAGCACCGUAGAAAUAUACGAUCCACUGGUUAAGAAAUGGGAAAUGGGCGAACAAAUGUCAAUGAUGCGCUCUCGCGUGGGUGUCGCUGUGAUGGAUGGCAAACUUUAUGCUUUCGGCGGCUUUAAUGGUACUGAACGUCUCUCUACUGUCGAAGUAUAUGACCCCAAAAAAAAUAAAUGGUCGCAAGGACGUGCAAUGUUAUGUAAGCGCAGCGCCGUUGGUGUCGCUGCUUUAGAUGAUUGCAUUUACGUAUGUGGUGGUUACGAUGGUGUUACAUCGCUAAAUACAGUAGAAUGCUACUGCCCGAAGACUGAUAUUUGGAAAACGGUGGCGCCCAUGAUGAAAUAUCGUUCGGCUGGCGGUGUUGCUGCUUUGGGUGGUUACGUUUACGCACUUGGUGGUCACGACGGAUUGUCUAUCUUCGACUCAGUAGAGCGUUAUGAUCCUGUUAAAGAUGUUUGGCUCAAAAUGCAUUCAAUGCUGAAUCGUCGCUGUCGUUUGGGUGUCGCUGCGCUGAAUGGAAAACUAUACGCUUGUGGUGGUUACGAUGGCACUUCGUUUUUGCGCUCUGUCGAGGUAUACGAUCCCAUAACAGACACCUGGAAACUUGUAACCCCAAUGAAUUGUAAACGAAGUCGUGUAGCGCUGGCUGCAAAUAUGGGCAAAUUAUGGGCUAUUGGCGGCUACGAUGGCGAGUCAAACUUAUCCACCGUGGAAGUUUACGAUCCCGAAACGGAUGAAUGGUCCUUUGAGCCAUCAAUGUGCGCACAUAGCGGUGGUGUAGGCGCUGGUGUUAUACGUAAACAGUAGUUAGUUGUUUAAUGAAAUAACUAAUUGUAAUUAAUAGUAUUAGUUUUUAGACACUCGUAGUGAUAUGUUUUCAAAAAGCAUAAAUGCAUUUGCUUGCCUUAUUCAAAAUCUGUUACUUUUUGUUAUCAUGUAUGUAUGUAUGUAUGCUCUCUAUAUAGCAAAUUCAACUUGCUUUAACUAAAAUCAUUCCAAAUUAUGCAGAAAAACAAAAAGUUAAACUAAAAUCUCAACAAUAACAAAAAUGAUGACUUUAAAAAGGAUUUCAAUUUU